UGCUACCAAAUGUGGGCAUAACACCGGUGUUAGCCAGCUCCCGCUAAUGCCUUGCUAAAAAAGAGAAGUGUGUAUAGGAUUAACGUGCAACAUUCAACGAGUUAUUAACGUAACGUUAAUUUUAUUAUUCGGUUGCUACCUAAGUGGUAUUUAACACCCAGUUAAAAGGUCAUUUUUAUUAAUUUUCGCGCUGUUUGAAGGAGUUUGAAGUUUGUAAGGAGUAGGAGGUGGGAAGGUCGUGGAGCUCUGAGAAGAUGUCACUGGAGUGUCCCCUCUCACCUCUGCCUCCACCUCCUCCACCCCCACCCGCGCCUUGUCAACCACCUCCUCCAUUAUCAGCGCCAAAGAAGAAACUGUACCAGACUAUAGCCAGCAACAGGAGUCCCGUAGAGGGGAAUCACACAGAGCCUCGCCUACUGCUCAGUCACAGGGAGAGUUGUUUUAGGAAAGAUUUGCAAUGGAUACUGAUGAAUUCAUAUGUGCCUUCUCUCAUCCAGGACGGUCCACAGUGUGGUCUGGUGGCUUUGUGGAUGGCAGCUCACCUCCGACAGCCACAGCUGAGUAUUAAUAUGGAUGCCGUUGUUCAGACGGCAAUGAGCAAGGGAUACACUGCUCAGGGAGAAAUGUUUUCAGCAUACAACAUGACCCUGUUGGCAGAAGAUGUUUGUGGCUGUAAGGCUGAACUUCUGUCAGGAGGUCUGAGUGGUAGUAAUGGUGCAGCCAUGAUCACUCACCUGUGGGGAGGACAGCCUGUUCUCGUUCCGUAUCCUGCAUACACAAAAGGCAACUAUAAAGGUGUGCACAGGUAUGAUGAGGACUGUAACCAUGAACCAUGCCAGCGUGGUGGUCAUAGGGCACACUGGGCUGUUGCUUCAGGUGUUCUCCUCGGUUUGGACCAGGGCAUUGUAAGCAGCGCUCACACUCAGGCUGAUCCCACCCUGCCAUGGCUUGAUCUUGCCACCGACAGCUGUCCUUGUCCUGUCGGCAGCUCAGCAGUCAGAGAGGUUUACAUCCUGGCUAAGCAGGGUAAAAGCCUACGCUACCAGCUGUGGAGUCUGGAUCUUGUCGCUGAGAGCAAUGAGCAACUGAGGACGAUGGAUCCUCAGAGAGCCAACGAUGGGACUCAGUAUGUGGUUCCUGAAGGAGGGGUGGAGGCUGGGCUGGCUGGACAGGUGGUGUUGCUCCACACAAGAAGAGGCAGUAGAAAGUGACACUGCUCUGAGAUCAGCAGAGUUUUAUCUGUUGAGAAAUUAUAUUAGCAAAGUAACACAUUUUAAAUAAGUGAUUAUUUUAUGUUGACGUUAUUUUUAAUAAAUUCAAAAGUAUUCAGAGUAUUUUCCCCCUUGUAGCUGCUAUAAAUUUAGUAAAUGAAUGCAUAGAAGUACAAUAUAUAUUUUCAUUCAAUGACUGAAUGUAAAUUAAAGUAAUUUAAAAUAA